GCGUCGGCGUCAGCGUCGGCGUCGGCAUCGGCGUCGGCGUUCUACGACGGUGGCGGCGUCGGCGUCGGCGACGGUGGCGAUCUGCGGAGACGCAUCCGCGUCGGAUAGCUUCGCAUCGCGGCGCCUCGCGUCGGCGUCGCUGGAAUCGUCCGCGAGACGGGCAAGCAGUGGUGGCCAAGGCAUCGUGUAAGCGCGUGUAACCGCCAUAUUGGCCCAACUCCGGACGAGAGGCCGACGACAGCUCAUCGCGGGUCGCGGAGCUUUUCCGUCGUCCGCGUCGAUCCGGCCGUAAUAACGAGGGGGACGCGUAAAGUGGAGCAAGGGUUUGCGGUUGCCGCGCAGGAAAAAGGGUGGCUAGGAGAGGACACGCGAUAAUUCCUGAUACGCCUUCGAACGCUGCAUCGGUCGCAUCAGAUAGUGGGAGAAAGAGAGAAAGAGAAAGAGAGGGAGAGAGAGAAAGAAAGAAGGAGAAAAAUAAGGAUAAGAUAUAACACGCGUACAUAAUAGUGUGAUACGUGAUUCCGGCAAUACAACCGUGCGAUAAAAUCGUGUGAGACAAUCGCAGCGAUCAAUCGCGACGAAUACCGACAUCGAUCUCUGAACGUAGACACUCUCUGUCUCUCGGCUUGUGUUCUUCGAAGAUUUUCCCGUCAGAACAAACCCUUGCAUCAGAUCUUGCAUCGCUUCCCUUAUACCACGUCUGUCAACUCUCACUCUCGACGAAGAUCUAAAAAGAAACAUCGUCGUAUUCCGAAAUCGGCAGAGCUACCUUUCAUCAUUUGAAUAUUAUAAGACGGAAUCAAAUGAGAUUUUCGUAAUUAACAUCGAUAAUCCGAAUCUUCCUGAAAGGGAUCUUCCUACCAAAAUUCUUUUCCAAUCCUAAACAAUCUCGCGGAGAUAAGAUCGACCCUCCUUCCGAGAGGCUAUCAAGCGAACAAUCGACGAGAAGUUAGUACAAAGAUAGUCUUUGACAAUCUGCCUUGCCGGUGUGACAGUGCCGCGAGUUCGUCUCUCCCUCUCGACUUCUGCCAAUCAAUAACCGGCGCAUCGACUCGCUUACGCUCCGCUCUCCUUCCUCUCUCUCUCUCUCUGUCUUUCAUCUUUCUUCCUUUUCUGUUAUUCUUUUAUUUUCUACUUUCCUCUUUUUUUUGCCAAACUACAACAAGCACUUUAAGAUUUUUUCUUCGUUUCCUCUCGUCAUCUUUCUUCCUUUCUCUGUUUUGCUGUUUUCUUCUUUAUAUUUUUCUAUCCUUUUCUCUCAUCUUCUUCCGCGUCCGCGCCUGCGAAAUACGCACAACGGAAUUCCGCGGGCGUCUGUCAGCGCAAUCAGCAACAUCAGCGAUAGAGGCAGACGUAACGACAGCAUCAUUAUCGCUGCGAGCCAACGACAACAGCAGCAGCAACAGCAUUCAAGCUAGCCACGCCAGCGCCUCGUAUAGUACCAACAGGCGCGCGAGUAUCUAUUUAUAAUUUCGUCAAACGUAACGGAGGACGAAAACCGAACGUCAUACCGCGUACGACCACCUACGCCAGCUGCGAGGAAAGCAAGCGACGAGUGUGAGAUCGGCGCUGGUCGGAGAGCGCGAGCGUGACGCGGCGCGGCGCGGCCGCGCCUUUAAACCGCGUAGUCGAAAGACGUAAUAGGUCGAUCGCGUGCGACAUCCUCGUCGUCCUAAAGUUCAAGGAUUCGGUCCUAGUUUGUUGACCGAACCGACGAAUUUCCCUCGAAUUCGACCUCGAGACUUGCGCGUAUCUCCAUGGAGUGCGGUGGAUUCGUUCGCGUUCAUCAUCCUUGAAAUCGGGUGCCAUCGACGAGCAAAGGGAUUCUUCGCUUCCUAUUUCUCUCGUCGACAAAUCUUGCGCACCCUCGCCUAUCUCUUUUUCUCUCCUAUCACGACACCAGUCGAUCCGCGCGCGCGGCUACCCCACCGAGAGUGGAUGGAAGGAGAGCGCCGCGAGAGGGUGACGACGAUAAAGUGAUAUCGUGACGCGGGUGAAGUAUCGACAAGGAGGAUCGACGAGUGUACGAUCAGCGGCAUCGGGAAGCGGAAGAAGUCGGGAAAUGGGCAAAGUAUCAUGCGCAACAUCGACAACGUAACCCUACGCCGCACAUUGGGGUCCGUCGCAGUUGAGUGUUGUCGUCGAGCGACGUCGCCAUCAUCGUCGGCGUAGUAGCGCCUCGCCCGAGGCGAGGAACCCGUUUGGUUCGUGGUGCGCCUACCUAUGUGUCCGCCCGGGAAUCCGUAAAGACUUCGCGACGACAACGUGAGCUUGGGGCUGUUACGUUUUACGGCUGAGGUGCGCGCUGGGAGCAUGCGGGCUUCGGGCGAGGCCCGGCGAGGCGGUCCCGCGGGUGGACCGGGCUAAAGGAACGAUCGCAUAUCGGGAGGGACACUCGCGAACGCGGGCACGGUGCGCCCGCGGCCGUGCCCGCACCCGCACCCCUCUAUCUCGGCGCCGCGCCGGCCACGCGCCGAUCAGACUGAUCCUAAGGACGCGGGAAGCGAGCUGGACUCGCUUUCAGACGCAUGGAACAUGAUAGAGAUGUCGAGUGGACUUGGUGCAACUGCAAUGGGGAUCGGCGUUAGUCACGGGACAGGUGGCGAGGGUGUAGCUAGUGGUUGUCGCCUCCGUGCACAGAACCAAGGCCAGGCCUCGGGAUCCAGCACGAUGCAGCACAGUAAUCCGCAGCAGUCGUCUCAACAGCAGCAACAGUCACAACAGCAGCAGCAGCAACAAGCGCCUGCAUCGCAGCAACAGUCGCAACAACAACGCCAGACGGUCGGAUUCAUGGGCCGAUCGAAGAAGGACAACUGUUGCCUAUGCUGGUGCUGUUGUUGCAGUUGCUCUUUGGCGGCAGUCGGCGGUAAUUCGACGGGCGCCGGUGGAGCGGGUGAUCAGAGCAAGAAGAAGGGCAAUGCCGGCGUCGGCGAGCAUGGCAGCGGCAUCGGCGUUAUCGAUCUCGCGGGUGCAGGUGCAGGUAACGGUCUCGACGGACUCGACGGCCUCGACGGCGGCCUGGAGUGUUGCAGCUUGGAAGAUGUCCGAGCCUGGGGCUCGUCCUUCGACAAACUAAUGAGGAGCGCCGCCGGACGCAAACUCUUCAAAGAGUUCCUCGUGAGCGAGUACAGCGAGGAGAACAUUGCCUUCUGGCUGGCCUGCGAGCAACUCAAGCGUGAGAGCAAUCCCGAGACGAUCGAGGAGAAGGCGCGCUACAUUUACGAGGAAUACAUAUCCAUACUUUCGCCGAAGGAAGUGAGUCUGGAUUCGCGGGUACGGGAAAUCGUAAAUCGCAACAUGGUGGAACCUACGCCGCAUACCUUCGACGAGGCGCAGCUGCAAAUUUACACCCUUAUGCAUCGGGACUCGUAUCCGCGUUUCGUCAACAGUGAGAUUUAUCGAAGGGUAGCCAGAUUGAAUAGCAGCAAUCCACCCAGCCCGAGCACCGGACAGGAGCACGGUAGCGGGAAGACAAAAAGCAAACGGGGGGCAACGUAAUCGUGACGUGGAUGGUCCAGGGACAUUGGGGGCGCGGACCAAGACCUCCAAAACCAAAAGCACCUUCAGAUUAGACCAUGCAUCGAUCAGCCGAGAAUCAUUCGGCAGCGAAUUCGCAACCGGCAAACACUCUCCUUGACGGAGAGCCUUCGUCGAGGUGAGGAAUCAUUGCCCGAGCGAAGAUGGUCGAUGGAGCUAAUCCCUCCCUUGAGAGGAGCCAUUCCCUUAGGAUGGACGACGACGAUCUUUCUGAUCGCUUGUCGAAUCGCUCAUACACGGGAACCAGGAGCUUGUUUAGUGAUUCGCUCUUCCACGCGAAGGCGCAACGGGGCCACGUAAUCGCGCUCGUCAUUGCACAGAGCCAUUACAACACCGAUAAUGAUGAUGGUGAUGAUAAUGAUAAUGUUGAUGAUGAUGAUGAUGAUGAUGAUGAUGAUGAUGGAUUGAACGUACGACAAAAUCGCGAUCGCGGUCAAUCGCGUAGAUCACAGAUUGCGGCGUUCCACUUCCAGAGAUUCGGUGCAAGCGAAUGCACGCAGGGCGGUGGAUCGUAAGGACCGGAGAAAGAAAGAUCACGCGAUCGCACAGGGAUGACGGACACUGUCGCGAAUACUAUUGAUCUCCCGAGUCUGUCGAUCUUCGAGCCACACAAUCUACUCUCGUUGGCAUUGCACUUUAUAGGUUCACAUAGAAGAUCUUCGAGAUCUUCCUCUUUUUCGCUCUUCUCGCUUUGAAAGAGAGUUCGAUUCGAAUCACAUGGCUUAUGUAUCUCAUGAUUCAUUACAAAUAGUUAAAAUAUCUCUUUAUUUCUUAGCAAGUAUAUUGAAAGAAAAAUGGAAUAAAAAUUAGAAAAAUUCUUUCACCUAUUUUUCAAUCGAAUACGCGUGUGUAAAAUAGGAAAAAUGUGAUUUCAAUUGAACUCGUCUGAAAAGAUUGUUGACCAUUUGAUUUAAAUCUAAUAUAUGCAACAAAACGAGAUGUUCAUAAUACACGUAUGCACGAUCUGAAGUGUUUGAUUGAAGCGAUAAUGAUAUUCGCUGCAUAUGAUAGUUGUCCGUUCGAAAUUCCGAGAGUAUACAAUUUUUACCGCGAAAAAUAAGUAGUACGAACUCGCAAAUCGAUGCUUCGCGAAACAAUAGAUACUCAUUCUCUCUCAGAACGCUCUUGAAUGGAUCUCAUUGAUCGUGUCACUUGUGAAUUUAUCGUUAGAUUAACGCGCGUAGUAAGGGUUCGUCGAGAGUAUAGAUUUAAUCUGCUCAAGAUCGAAUUUCAGUUGCUCUCUUUCUCUUCUUUCUGCGACAUUUACCUUCCACGAUUGGAAGAAAAUCGACGUCGUUUUACAGCCCGCUGUAACGUCAGGGUAAUGCAUCAUUUACAUAAUGUAUUUUUUAUGAUCGCGCAUUUUUCUAUAAUUGCUAAUAGUCCUUGUCCGAGAGCUUGAUCUUCCUCAUUGAGGAAAAUAGGAUCGCAAGAAUCAUACUUAUUCAGCAAAACGAGAAGAGCUUCGGGAAAAAGAGAGAAAGAGGGAGAGACAGGAGAUGCGGUUCUCUGUCAAGCAUACCUCGGCGUUCGCUUCCAUUGCGCUUUCAGAAGGAUUGUCGAUGGACGGCGAUCUUUUUCGCUUCUGGUGCGUCAUCCCCAUGGCGGAUAUCGAGCUACUGCCAGCGAGAACACACCAAAGAUCGAACGUGCGUCGAAGCCAACUAAUUUGACGAUCAUCAAAGAGAAGAACGACUCAAUCCAAUGAACACAUUACAUACAAACGCGCACACAAUCACACGAAAUACACGCACAUACAUAUGUAUAUGUGUACAGGAGACACGCACACACGUACUCACGCUGACGUAAUGCGCGCACGCUCGUGUAAAAUCUAGUCAUCAUCACGCGAAAAUGCGAUCCGGAUACGCGUGAUUGUGGAAGAAAAAGGCCUAAACACGAGAAAAAAGUACCAAGUGUCCCGCGCACUCACGCGAAAUCAAGGCGUCGAAAUUAGACUGUCGUCAUUAAUACGGAUCAGAAAAAAAAAAGAAGAAAAACGUAAUGAGAGAAAAAAAAGAGAAGUAAAAGGGCGAGAAGCGGUGAGUCAUCGCGGCACGAACGCAAUUCUUAGCAUUAAUUCAUAAGUAUAUACAUAAGUACGGAAUAGAAACUAAAAUAAAAAGAAGAUCAUCACGACUCGACCGUCAUCGGUGAUCGCGAGCGAUUCGCGUCGCGAUGCCUGCUCGCCGCUAGAAUCUCUUCUCGGUCGCGAUGCGCUUUGACAGAUCGCUCUUCGCACACGAACAAUUUGCCUUCGCCUUCGGAUUUAUCCUCUAUUUCCAGAAAUCUUGCACACUCUUCUCGUGGUAGAUUUAUAUCUGAGAUUUAUUGCAUAGCAUUGUAUAUUUGACAACGGUAAGUAACGUAAACGCGCUGAAGAGACAAUUUGAAUAUUGCGUUAAAACGAGAGCGUACGUUGGUAGAAAAGUGUCAGAAAAAAUUAUGGAAGCUAAUAUUAAAUAUAAAUUUAGCUUAAUAUAAUAUCUCCCCUUCCUAAAAAAUUCCUCGGCGUUUAAUACUUAUCAACCACAUAUUUCAUUGGAUGAAAAUGUUCGAGGCAAACUUGCCGUUGUAUCAUGAUUUUUGCCCUUUCUUCUCUAUCGCGACGCUUGGAUAUUGUAAGCUCAAAAAAAACUUACUUUUUUGUUGCACAAUCCUGGAAACUAUGGAUAACGGAGAUAUGAUAUUCGCCGCCAUAAAUGAAACGACCAAAAGAGCGAUAAAGUUCGAGCGCAUCGCGGCGCGCCCGCGCAAUUUCCUUUCGCGAUAUGUCAAGCGUAUACAUAACACACAAAAAGCACAUGUGCUCUCCUGAGGAUCAUCGAAAUGACGGGAGACGAAAUACGAGCGCGCAUCUCUCUAGUCAAAUCGUCGGCAUCGUCGCGAGCGGACAGCACAAGCGACAACACUCGCACAGUCAGUCAGCGUUUGGCUACUGCCCUGUAGAUAAUAUAUAGAUAGGUAUAUAAUGAACGAAGAGGAUUAAUGAUUAUAAAUAUAAAUAUAUAUAUAUAUAUAUAUAUAUAUAUAUAUAUAAAUAUGAAAAAGAGAGAAAAGAAAUAUAUAUAUAAAUAUA